UCUCUCUCUCACUCGAAUCCGGAAGAAGAAGAAGAAGAUAAAAAAAACCCAGAAAAUUUAGAGAAGGAAAAAAAAAAUGUCUUCUCCAAGCAAACGCAGAGAAAUGGACAUGAUGAAACUGAUGAUGAGCGAUUAUAAAGUGGAGACGAUCAACGAUGGCAUGCAAGAGUUCUAUGUUGAAUUCAAUGGACCCAAAGACAGUCUCUAUCAAGGAGGUGUGUGGAAGAUAAGAGUUGAGCUUCCAGAUGCUUAUCCUUACAAAUCUCCAUCUGUUGGUUUCAUUACUAAAAUUUAUCACCCUAAUGUUGAUGAACUGUCAGGUUCUGUUUGUUUAGAUGUGAUUAACCAAACGUGGAGUCCUAUGUUCGACCUUGUGAAUGUGUUCGAGACAUUUCUUCCUCAGCUUCUGUUAUAUCCAAACCCAUCAGAUCCAUUGAAUGGAGAAGCUGCUGCAUUGAUGAUGCGUGAUCGUCCUGCUUAUGAACAGCGAGUUAAAGAAUACUGUGAGAAGUAUGCAAAACCAGGGGAAGGUUCAGAAGACAAGUCUAGUGAUGAAGAACUAAGUGAAGAGGAAUACGGCUCACAUGAUGAAGAUGAUGAUGAUGAUGAUGAUGAUGAUGAUGUUGCAAUUGCAGGCAAACCAGAUCCUUGAACAGGCUUUUAAGAGGGGGACUUGUUUUAUGUAUAUGAUCAUGAAAUGAUUUAUGCUUAUAACUGAACUGUGAAAUCUAUUUCUCCCCUUUGUGCGCUUCUUCACCUUGUUUAAUUUAUCGGACCGGAACGUUUGUGUACAUUAUUAGACCGAACCGAAUUGUUAGUCUUUUCGAUUUCAAAUAAGUGGGUCUUACCGGUUUAGACCGGUUAUUAUUCAUUCGGUAAUUAUUUUU